GGGUUGACCCUAAACCCUCGCUUUUCUCCCCUCUACAAAACACCCUAAUUCCCAACUCGUGACGCCCACGUUUUCUCAAACGUCAACCCUCUUCUUCUCUAUCCACUCUAAUAAAUUCCAAGGGAGCACACACUAUUCGGAGACAGAGACACAGCAAUGGCCGUAGGGUACUUCCGAAUGUGGUGGUGUGCGGUGGUGCUUGCAGUAUUGUUCGCCGCUUGUUUGGCUGCUGGAAACACCGACUUCACCUUAGGUGAGAAAACAACAUGGACUCAGAGAAGGUUGUUAGGGAUACAUCUAAAUGACUAUGGUGAACCAUCUGCAAAUAAAGGACAUGAUCCUAAAGGAAAAGUUGCUAAGUCUCCAAAAAAGAAAAGCCGCCACUUUUAAUUAUGUAUCGAAAUAAAAGUUGACAGAUAACAAGGGACAAGUAACAGUAAACUUUUAUUUCGAUAGCAAGUAACUAAGACAUAAUGUUUGUCGUAUUUUCUUUUGUAUGUUCGUGAUGUACUCAUGUAAGAUAACUACUUAUGUUUGUGUUUCUGGUUGUUAACAUUUUAUGGCACU